AUGGCCAAGAAGAAAUAAUUUAUGUGUUUUUUUUUAUGCACCACCACAUUACUAUAAUUAAUAUUGACUAAUGUUUGGGAAUAUACAAAAUAUGAUCAGCUAAACAAAUUCAAAGACUUAUGGCAAAGAGAAAACUCAUUAAAUAAUUAAUUUUUUUAACUUGCAAAUUAGAUAGGUCUUGGAUUUUAAUCUCAUAUAAAUUAUUUUUCUUAGUAAUUGCAAAACACUGUAGAAAUUUUUACAUAAUUGUUCAAUCCAUUAAUGCAGUUUAUUUCUUUUAAAACAUGUGAGAUUUUAACUCAAUAAAAUUAUUUGGAAGUAUGCAUUUAUGCUCAAUAAAAUAUAAAACAGCUUUGCAAUUUAAAUCAAUAAACUUAAAAAUUGAUAGGAUACUAAACAAAUUACAAAAAUUUCUUGCCCUAUCUUUUUGUGGAAUCUGUAAGGCAAAAAAUUGAAGAAAAAUUUAGUUUCAAUUAGAGGUUUUCUAUUUUAGUUUAUAAUCCUGCUGGAUAAAUUGAAAUAUGCAUGAUUAAUCCAGCUAAUUAGAUUUCAAAACAUUUUAUUAAUAAGAAAUAACAUAAAUAAAUUUAAUUAUCAAGACCUUAUAUCAACCCAACUAAUAAUAGUUAAAUUAUAAUGAGCCUUUAGUAAUAAAUUACUUUUUAAGAUUUUUCUAUAUGCAAAAAUAUUAUUAAGUCCUUAAAGAUUUCAUUGAGAUCAAUUGAAACUUUAUUUUUCGAUAUUAACUAUUAUUAGUCUAUAUUAUUGGCUAUUACAAACUUAGUGGAACUUUGCUUUAUAUUAUCCAACUCAUUCAUUUAAUAUUAGUUCUUUUAUUAAUAGUACACAUCAAAAUAGAGAUUUUUAUGUCUAUUUGCAUUUUUUGAAUGA